AUGAGCUCAUUAGCUAGAAAAAGCGAAUUCGAUCAGCCACUAUUUGGCUGCUCAAGUGAUCCCAAAAGCUGCUUAAUAGUUCUUUGUGUGCCAUGUGGCAGUGCAAUCGUCCAAGGUCUUGCUGUGAAAAAUGCGAGAAACGAAGGAUUCAUUGUGCCUUACUGCAUCAAUAUUCUCCUAGCAUGUAUUGGCGCUGCAAUUAAUAGAGGCCAGAUAAGAAAUAAGUAUGAUAUCGAAGGAGGAUUUAUAACAGACUUUUGCUAUCAUUUGUUUUUCAUGCCUUGCUCAGCUUGCCAAGAGUACAGAGAAGUGACUUAUAGAAAUUCUUUACAUCAGCCUUAA